AUGGCAUCAUCAGAAAUUCAAGCCACUUUUUCAAUUGUGAGACCCACCACUCGUUCUCAAGAUGGCAUUCCCCCAUCCACGUCUGAGAACCACCAAUCAGAGUCCAAUCCCGAUACUGCUUCUGCACCACCAUUCAAUGAACAAGACAAUCUUGCACCAGCUCAUUCGUCCCCUGAUCCAGUUGCUGACAUUCCUCAACCCCCUGUUCAUACUCGUCGUUCAUCACUAGUCGACAGAUUGGCUCACGAAGAUGUCUCAAGUCCUUUCUUCCUCAGCACCGCAGAUCAUCCUGGCUUGGUCUUGGUUUCCACCAUUCUUAAUAGAGCUAAUUACCAGUCUUGGAAAAAAGAAAUUACAAUGGCCCUCACUGCAAAAGAACAAGUCAUGUCUUGGCUUGUAAAUUCUGUUUCGUCUGUGAUAGCACAAAGUAUUAUGUACUUUGAUCUUGCCACAGAUUUGUGGCAUGAUUUGCAAGAAAGAUUCAAUGAGGGCAGUGGACCUCGAAUCUUUCAGCUUCAAACACAAUUAACACGUCUCCAACAAGGUGAUCAGUCCGUCACCUCAUACUUUUCCAUGCUCAAAUCCAUCUGGGAUAAGCUAAGAGAACUCCAACCAAACACCACUUGCACCUGUGGUGCCAUGAAAUUGUUUUUGGAAUAUUACAAUCAAAACCAAGUCUUGCAGUUUUUUACUAGCUUGAAUGAGUCCUAUGCAUCCGUUCGUGCUCAAAUUCUUUUCAAUGAACCCAUUCCUAAUCUUUCACGGGUGUUUGCUAUGAUUGUUAAAGAAGAGAGGCAACACACUCUUGGUUCUUUAGAUGCUUCAUCUCUGGCAGCAUCAGCUCGAUCAUCUUCCAAUAACCCUCCCCCAAGAUCCAAGAAGCCGAGGCCCUCUUGUACCAAUUGUGGCACACCUGGCCAUUACGUGGAUAAGUGUUAUUUUAUCCACGAAAUUCCUCCAGGGAAUGGUGAUAAAAAGAAACCAGACAAAUCCAAACCAGCUGCAAAUCAAGCCAGCAGCAGUUCGGAUGUGAUUCUUAGCACUUCAACUCAUACAGAUCUGUCUCCCCAGUGCUAA